CUCCUCCUCCUCCUCUUCCUCCUCCCCCUCCUCAGGCAAUGGGGUGCUGCGCGGCGGGGUGCCGGCCGUGGCUGGCCGCGGCCGCGGCCGCGGCCGCCGUGCUCCACGCCGCCCCGGUAGCGGGGCAGCCGUCCCGUCGCGGGGAGGGCAGGCGCCCUUGGUGGGAGGAGUCCUCCCCCGAGAGGCCGCGGCCGGUGGGGCCAGCCCGAGGGUCCGCCGCGGGUAGGGGAGCGGCCCCUACGAUGUGACCACCCGGCCGCGGCCCGAGAACGCAAAGUCGCUGGCGCUGUAUUUCGACCGCGAGGCCCGGCGCUACUUUGUGUACACGGAGGGCACCAUCGCCAGCAGCGAGAAGGCGCUGAGCAUGUAUUUCCACGUGGCGAGGCCCACCGCCAGGGAAUGCUCGUGCCCAGGCGUCCUUUUCCGCCGUGCCUCCUGGUCUCGAGUGGCCCCCCCUUCUUGUCCUCGUGGCUGGGCGCAGCUCGAGCAGCGGGCAGAGGCUUUGUCUUGCCCUCUGGCAGGCCCGUCGCAGGCUCCGGGCAGUCCAAGGGCGCUCCACGACGAAGAACAUGCCACCGGGAGAUGUGGCUGAGAGGCCCAUGGGUCCACGCGAUGAGGAACUCAUGACGCUGGCGGUCCGAUAUCCGAGUUACUGCCUCGGGGUUCUGCCUUCGGACCUCGAGGAGUUGCGGAUAGUGAAUGGACAUACGCCCGCCGCUGAGGGCGUGGGACAUCGUCCGUGCGCGCCGCUCAGCUGGGGGCCCCAGGGCAUGCCUCCAGCAGUUGCGGAUAUGGACGUCUCCUGGCGGUGCACGAGGGGGCCGACCGUGAAGAACGUUUGCGAGGCAAGCGUUUACUCGUUCGACAUAGGCCAGUUCCCCUACACGAUCGGCAACGCGCAGCUCAUGAAGGAGCUCUUCGGGGACCGCUUCGAGUUCAUCGGGCUGCCUGCGGCGAGCCCCACCGCCGUGCCGGUGGCUUCCCUGCCCAUGGAAUGCCGAGACUUCUCCGGCACAGCCCUGCUGGCCAGGGCGACCAUGCGCAACAAGGCCUGGUUCUCGACGCGCUGGUCGUUCUGUGCCAACCUGUGGAUGCGGUCUGAGAAGUUGAGCUUUUGCUCGUCGAUCGUCAGCGUUGACGGGGACCACUCGGCGGAGGGCACGUAUGCAGACCUGGUGAACUUCAGGAAGCUGGCGUCGUGCAGGAACUGGGUGCUCAUGGACGACGCCGGCUGGAACUCCACCAACUCGGCCUGGCAGCGCGCCAAGGACGAGGGCAUCAUCACACAGGUGGAGUGCUUCGUGGACAUGAGCCCGAGGCCCGACUACCAGUUCAUGGACUAUCCCGAGAACCGCUCUUG